UGUCCUUGAGUCUAUUCAUAGAUUAAUGGUCUAUUCAACAACCACAUGGACCCAGUGGACCUAUAGAGCUGGAUGGAACCGUAGAGAUGCUGUCACUAAGAAAGCACUGGUUCUCUCUGGUCAGGCUUUGUGAUGUCCUACAUGUAGCAGGGAGAAGGAGUCGCUCUUCAGGUGUAAAUGUGAAGUACGACUAUGAUCUAAUCGUCAUUGGAGGUGGCUCUGGUGGCUUAGCUUGCUCCAAAGAAGCUUCCCAGCUCGGAAAGAAAGUGGCUGUUUUAGAUUUUGUGAGCUCCUCUCCCAAAGGCAAUGCGUGGGGUCUGGGGGGCACUUGCGUCAAUGUUGGUUGUAUUCCAAAGAAGCUCAUGCACCAAGCGUCACUACUGGGUCAAUCCGUAAAGGAUGCUAGUCAUUAUGGCUGGAAUGUUCAAGGGGACACAAUCGACCAUUCUUGGGAGUCCUUGGUGAUGUCAAUUCAAAAUCAUAUCAAAUCUCUCAACUUUGGUCACCGAGUGCAGCUGAAAGAAAAAAACGUCGAGUACUACAACGCUAAAGGUUCUUUUGUAGAUAGUCACACUGUACUGGCCCGACACGAAAAUGGAGAUGAGGUCUCAUUGAGUGCUGAGCAUAUUGUAAUAGCUGUGGGAGGUCGGCCUCAUUACCCUACAAAUGUUCAAGGGUCGCACGAGCAUGGCAUCACAAGUGAUGACCUGUUUUUCUAUAGCAAACCUCCUGGAAAAACCUUGGUGAUUGGUGGAAGUUAUGUUGCAUUGGAGUGUGCUGGGAUAUUGGCUGGACUGGGUUGCCCCGCCCACCUCAUGAUUAGGUCACACCCACUCAAGGCAUUUGAUCGGGAUAUGGUGAAUUUGGUGAUGUCGAGUCUACGAGGUCACGGAGUACAAAUCCUCUCACAUUGUGAGCCUCAAUCGAUAGAGAGAGGCAGCAAUGGACGACUAGACGUUGUCUGGCGGGACGAGGCAAGUCAAACCUGUCGGGACCAGUUUGACACUGUUCUUUUUGCCACUGGCAGACAGGCCUCCACCUGGGCCCUAGAGCUCCCCAGAGUGGGUGUGGCAAUGGACACGCCCACUGGGAAGGUGCUGGUCGAUGAGCGUGACACAACCUCGGUUGACAACAUACAUGCCAUUGGAGAUGCUGCUUAUGGGCGCUGGGAACUUACUCCGGUGGCAGUGAAGGCUGGCAAACUAUUGGCUAGAAGACUAUUUGAAGGAAGCAACGUUCUCAUGAACUAUGAAACGGUACCAACGACAGUAUUUACUCCACUCGAGUUUGCGUCGGUAGGGUUGUCGGAGGAGGAAGCUGUCAGUCGCUAUGGAAAUGAGCGGGUGGAAGUGUACCACGCCUUCUAUCGUCCGUUAGAGUACUACCUACCACACAGAGACUCCAGCCAGUGCUACAUUAAGAUGGUAUGUGAGGCAGUGGAUACGGAGAGGGUGUUAGGUCUGCACCUGUUGGGCCCUAAUGCUGGGGAGGUGCUGCAAGGGUUCUCAACAGCCAUCAAUGCUGGUCUGACUAGGGAUCAGCUUCAUGGGACAAUAGGGAUCCACCCUACCUGUGCCGAAGAAGUAGUGAGACUCCACAUCACCAAAAGCUCUGGAGCCGAUCCCACACUCACGGCUUGCUGAGGGUAGCUUCAUCGCUGGCCAGCUUCUGGAGGAUCACUAUAGACGGGAAACUCUUUUAACAAAUUUUUUACAUUGACUACAGCCAGAAUUAUAUCUUGUGCAAUUUUUUGAUGGUUUACUUGUAAAGCGCUGACAGAGUGAACUUGAGGUUUUUACUGCACAUAUGAAAUUAUAAUUAUCAUUCAUCCAUCUACUGUUGAAUCUAUAUCUCUAUAUAUAUACAAAAAAAUUGUUUGUCCUUUG